CCUCGCUCUGCGCAUGCGUAGUCAAACAAACCCCUCACUAUGUCAAACCGCAGAAAUGAAACGGUUCGUCUGAAAACUACCUCAUGAAGUGCUGACCAAGCAGGUGCAGUUUGGAUCACCACAAUAACAACAACAACAACAAAAACAACAACAAGAUGUUUGGUAAGAAGAAGAGAGCUCCGCAGCCCAGAGGACAGGGAGCUGCUGCGGCCAAACAGAUGGGUCUGUUUGUGGACCCCGAGGAGAUGAUGCUGGGCGUGGAGGGGAACCUGGAUGAUCCAGACCUGGAGGCUGAACUCGCUGCUAUCACUGGGAAUAAAGCUGCUGCAGGAGGGAGAGCCAAGCCCAAGGGGAAGAGCCCUCUGCCCAUGGAAGACAUCGCAAGAAUGGCUGACGAGUGUAUGAGAGACGUGGAUGACGAUGAAGACGACGACCACAUCGAGGACGAUGAAGACCUCUUGGCGGAGCUGCAGGAAGUGGUGGGUGAUGAGGAAGCUGAGGAUGUCGUAACUGCUUCCUCCACAUUCUCCUCUCUGGCUGAAUCUUCUCAAGCUGAAACACCAGAGUCUCCAGCGGCGCAGGAAGUGAAGACGUCCUCGGCGGCCCCCGGCAGCCUCCAACACACCCUGGAGGAGAGAGCAGCCAUGUAUAAGAUGGCUCUGCACAACGCCAAGACCGCAGGAGAGACGUCCAAGGCCAGGAGAUACGACCGUGGCCUGAAGACGUUGGAGUCGAUGUUAGCGGCCGUUAAAAAAGGGAGGCCUGUGAACGAGGCAGAAAUCCCUCCGCCUGUCGCUACCGGAGCUCCAAGCGCCGCCCCUCGACCCGCCGUUCCUGCAAGACCUCCUCCGCCUGCACCUUCGCCUCCUGAAGCCACCCAGCAGGAGGAAUCCUCAACAACACUAGCGGUGCCUGUUAUCAUCACACCGAGCAGUGAAGACGAACAGUCGUCGCUGCCGCCUGUUAGCAGCCUCCCGACUCCUGAGGAAAACACAGAGGAAGCUGCCGACGUCUCACAGACCGGUCAGACAGACGCGAAUGAGGCGACCAAGACGUUACUGUUGGAGAGGCAGAAGGAGUACAAGAUGGCAGCUUUAAGAGCCAAGAAGGAAGGAGACGUGGAGCAAGCUAAGCGCCAUUUCAAGACCAGCAAGAGGUUCGAUGCAGUGAUCGAGGCGUUGGAGAAAGGACAGCCGAUCGACCUGAGUGGCCUUCCUCCUCCUCCAGGACAGGCUGCAGGAGGAAGCUCUGCUCCAGUGAACGAACCUUCCUCUGAGGUCACCCAACUGGUUGCUGCAGCUCCAGCCCCGUCGCCUCCCAAAGACGUGCUGGAGGCUCUGGAACAGCGACGAGCCAAAUAUGCGGAGGCGUCUGCUCAGGCCAAAGCCAGCGGAGACGACCGCAAGGCCCGAAUGCACGACCGGAUCGCCAAGCAAUACCAGAGCGCCAUCCGAGCUCACAAAGCUGGAAGAGCCGUGAACUUUGAAGAACUUCCGACUCCUCCCGGUUUCCCUCCGAUCCCCGGCCAGAAGGAGACGGGAGCCGAGCAGGGAUUCGUCGCUGCUCUGGAGGCAGCGAGUAAACUGACCUCGACCGAUGCUGCUGAAAAUGAAGACGACGAGGACGAGAAAGAAGAAGAGUCCAAACCUGCUGUUCCAGAGGAGAAGCUCGCGUUAGACGUCUCCACGGCCGGUCAAAGACAGAAAAGGUCUCCGUCAGCUUCACCCGACAGAACAGCUUCCAGGGAAAGACUCUCACCGACAGCGGUUCAGCAGCUGGAGUUCCUGGAGGGUCGGAAGAAGCAGUACAUGAAGGCGGCUCUGCAGGCCAAGCAGAAGAACGACAUGGAGCAGGCCAAGGUCUUCCUCCGCACCGCCAAGGGCUUCGACCCGAUGAUCGAGGCGGCACGCAGCGGCAAAACUGUGGACAUCAGCACCGUGCCGUCGCCCCCUGGUGACGAGGACGAGGACUUCAUCCUGGUUCAUCACAGCGACGUGCAGAUUUCAGAGAAGGCCGAGCAGGUUUACGGCCAGCUGGCCAAGAUCCUGAAGGAGCAGUACGAGAAAUGUAUGACUCACUCCAAGCAGUUCACACACCUGGGGAACGUCGCCGAAACAACAAGGUUUGAGAAAAUGGCAGAAAGCUGUAAGAAGAGUCUGGAGGUCCUGAAGCUGGCCCAGUCCAGAGGUCUGCCUCCUCCGAAGCACCACUUUGAGGAGAGAUCGUUUCGCACUGUGAGGAUAUUUCCAGACCUGAGCAGCACUGACAUGGUGGUGGUAAUCGUGAAAGGGAUGAAUCUUCCUGCUCCGAGUGGAAUCCAAACUAACGACUUAGACGCCUACGUCAAGUUUGACUUCCCGUAUCCGAGCACGGAGCAGCCACAGAAACACAAAACAGCCGUCAUUAAGAACACGAACUGUCCAGAAUACAACCAGAGCUUCACCCUUUCAAUCAACCGGAACCACCGCGGCUUCAGGAGGGUGGUGGCGUCUAAAGGCCUCAAACUGGAGCUGCUGCACAAAGGAGGUUUCCUGCGGAGCGACAAGCCGAUCGGGACGGCGCUGGUGAAGCUCGAUAAGCUGGAGUCCCAGAGCGAAAUCAGGGAGAUCGUGGAGGUGAUGGACGGCCGUAAAGCCACCGGAGGUCGUAUUGAGGUGAAGGUUCGACUGCGGGAGCCUCUGAGCGGUCAGGACGUGCAGUCGAGCACAGAGCGCUGGCUGGUGAUCGACCCGUCGCAGGUUCAUGUUUAGGAGCUUCUCCAAGUUUAAAGAUGAACCACAUGAAAAAGAUGAAAGAAAGCCAAUCAGAAACACUCGAGGAGGAAGAGGAAGGCGUGUGGGAUCUAUCGAGGACAGUCUGGACUACACGGGUCUUUGACUUGUUAAAACUUUUGCACAUUUGCACGACACUUGAGUUCCCGUUCAGACCAGCGGGAGGCGCCGGUGCUUCGGUCCUGGAGGUGGACGGUUCGUCUCUGCCUGAUGACGUGGAGCUAAACCUGAUCCUGCUGCCUGAUUUAACUCAGAAUAUAUCAAAGAAUGUGUACAUAUUCCUCCUCUCUAUGCACUAAUACCAAAGUAAUCACUGUUGCUGUAAAAUCCUGCAGAUCUGAAAUCGCCUUUCGCUGCCAAACCUCUGAGCUGUAGAGGUUCAUUCAGAAACAGAAAUAUAGAUACACAUAUAUAUAGAGAGAGAGAGCCAAAUUACACAAAUAAAUCUAUAAAAGAACAAGCAAAUAAAAGUGGAAAUAUAAUGACGAAUAAAUAAAAUAAAAACUGAAUAAUGUUGCAGUAUAACAAAAUAUUAAUCAUAAACCGAAUCUGUAAAAAAAAGCUAUUAAAGGUAGAAAUAUAACAGAUACAUAAAAUAAUUUAAAAAAUAAGAAAUGUGCUAAGAAAUUAAAUAAAAUAAAUAAUAUGCCAAUAUUAAUCAUAAAAAGAAUCCAUGAAAGAAAAGGCUAAUAAAAGUAGAAAGACGAAGACAAAUCAAUAAGAGGAAAAAUAAGAAAUGUACUCAUAAAUAAAAUAAAACUGAAAAUAAUCAAAAAAUUAAUAUAUAAAAGAAAAGGCUAAUAAAAGUAGAAAUAUACAGACAAAUACAAUUUUAAAAAAUGUGCUGAGAAAUAAAAUAAAAAUAAUAUGCCAAUAUUAAUCAUAAAAUGAAUCCAUAAAAGAAAGAGCUAAUAAAAGUAGUAAGAUGAAGACAAAUCAAUAAAAUAAGAAAAUAGGAAGAAAUGUACUCGCAAACAAAAUAAACCAAAAAUAAUUUUGCUAAAUGAAGAAAUAUUAAUCUAAAAUGAAUCCAUAAAAGAAAAGUCUAAUAAAAGUAGAAAUACAAAGACUAAUCAUUAAAAUUUAAAAAAGAAUAGAAAUAAUGUGCUUAUAACAAAUAAAAAUAUGACAAUAUUUAUCAUAAAAUAAAUCAAUAAAAGAAAAGGCUAAUAAAAGUAGAAAUAUAAAGACUAAUAAUUUUUUUAAAAAGAAGAAAUGUGCUAAAAUAAAAUGCAUCUUAAAAGCAACAGCAAUUUACUGAUCACAAUGUCAAAUUAAUUUUUGCUUCAUCAAAGCACGUUUCUUCUAAUUACUUUUGUUCUUAUUUUAUUUAUUUAUCUUUAUAUUUCUAUCUUGCUUCAUUAGCCUUUUAUGGAUUUAGUUUUUGAUUAAUAUUGCUUUAUAUUGACACAUUUUUUAUUUUAUUUAUAAGCACAUUUCUUCUUUUUGAAUACUUUUUAUUUAUUUUUAUUUCUACCUUUAAUAGCCUUUUCUUUUAUGGAUUAGUUUUUUGGAUUAAUAUUGCCACAUUAUAUAUAUGGUUUUUUUAAUAAAAGCAUGUUUUUUUUAAUUGUCUUUAUAUUUCUGCCUUUAUUAGCCUUUUCUUUUAUGGAUUUUUUUGACUAAUAUUACCACAUUAUGUUUUAGUUUAUUUACGAAAGUAUGUUUCUUUUUUGUAAUUAUUUGUCUUUUUAUUUCUACCUUUCAUAGCCUUUUCUGUUUUGGAUUCAGUUUUUGAUUGAUAUUUUAUUGAUUCAUCUUUAUAUUUUCACUUUUAUUUGCUUGUUGUUGUUUUUUUACAGAUUUAUUUUUGUAAUUUGGCACUCUCACUACUCCAUAGUUGUUUCUAAAAUGCAGAAGCCAAGACAUCCUGAAGCUAAACGUGGUACGCUGAUUAUUUGUCCUGUUUUUUUUAGCACCUUUCACUCGGACUGACUGAUCACCAAACUCACCUCCUGGCGUCUUUAUUUGUAAGAUUUUAGUCUCAUUGACACCAAGUAGCACAAAACUGCAGCUAAUGCUAAUAUAUCUUCACUAAAAUCACAGAUUAGAAGAGAGGCUGCUGCUCAUUUAUUCAACGUUUUGGUUAGCUUAGCAUGGCAUAGAGACUUACAACGGUUCAAAAACAUGCCUGCGGAACCUGUAAAACUCCCCAACUAACACAUUUUAGCUUUUAAACGGACACUUUUAGAAGGAGUCAUGUGCCGUCGCUAACCGUUGAGCUUCAGAGGUGCUGCUAGCAGGAGCAGUGACAAGCUAAACGCUUCCCUCUGCUUCUAGCCGUUAUGCUAAGCUAGGCUAACCCUAUCAUUCUUAGCUUCUCAUCUUUUUCAAACUAUGCAUCAGUCCUCUCAUGGUACCGAAUAUCAGCAAGACUGCCAACUUGUGACCAGACCUCAGAGUGGGAUUUGGUUUGUGAGGGACGCUGACGGGAAGUCUGGGGGUCAUCCCCCAGAAAAUUUUGAAGGGUAUUGAUUCUAUUUCCUGCUUUCUGGUCUAAUUUAAGAGCAUUUUGCCUGUUAAAAUCUUAUUAUAGAGAUAAAAUUAAGGGAUAAUUUUAAAAAAGCAGAGCAAGGGCAGGCAGUAUUGAAAAUGGUCCUUCAUGUAAAAUAUGGAUGAAAGUUCUGUGGCUGGAUGUGCACAACACAUUUCAGCAUUUUCCAUAAAUAAAUGCAGAAUUGAAGUAA